UCCCAGGCACAACAGAGAGGUAGGCGCCUACCUUCUCCCCAUGUGAUGCGACGAACUCAAUCCAGCCAUCCCUGCUCCAGUCCAGUCCAGUGACUCCCGUCUAUGAACGUUGUCGUCGUCCCAGUACAUUUCGCCAUUGUUGAGUUUAGAUCCUCUGGAAGUUCCAUUUCCAGCUGGAAAAUUCAUUAAAGCACCUUGAGUUGCUUCCAAGCUUGUUUGCGGCGAUCGAUUUUCCACCGAACUCUCGCCUUGCGCGUAUAAAGAAGGGCGGGAGCAAGAAAAGAGUUUAGAAAAUUGGGUUUUUGAAGGAAAAGGAAGGAUGAGUAUGUACGGGCGUGAUCCGUGGGGUGGGCCGCUGGAGAUCUCGCACGCCGACUCCGCCGCCGAUGAUGACCGGAGCCGGAACCUGGACCUGGACAGGGCUGCGCUGUCGAUGUCGUCGCGGCAGCUGGACGAGACGCAGCAGAGCUGGCUCCUCGCUGGGUCCGGUGACCAGGGUAAGAAGAAGAAGAAGAAGAAGAAGAAGUACGUCGAUUUAGGGUGCCUCAUCGUCAGCCGCAAGCUCUUCCUAUGGACCGUCGGCGCCCUCGUCGCCGCCGCCGUCGUCGCGGGCCUCAUCGCGCUUAUCGUCAAGGCCGUCCCGCACCACCACCGCCCCCGUCCGCCGCCGGACAAUUACACCUUGGCGUUGCACAAGGCCCUCAUGUUCUUCAACGGGCAGAGAUCUGGACCGAUUCCGAAGCACAACAACGUGUCGUGGAGGGGGAACUCCGGGAUGAAGGAUGGCAUCUCGGAUCCAUCCCAUGGGAGGAACCUCGUCGGAGGAUUCUACGACGCCGGCGACACCAUCAAAUUCAGCUUCCCUUCCUCCUUCGCCAUGACCAUGCUUAGCUGGAGCGUGAUCGAGUACAGUGCCAAGUACGAGGCCGCCGGCGAGCUCGACCACAUCAAGGAGAUCAUCAAGUGGGGCGUCGACUACCUCCUCAAGACCUUCAAUUCCUCUGCUGACACAAUCGAUCGCAUCGCCGCUCAGGUUGGGCAAGGGGACACUUCCGGUGGCACAACUCCAAAUGACCACUACUGCUGGAUGAGACCGGAGGACAUCGACUACCCUCGGCCGGUCUUCGAGUGCCACACCUGUUCCGACCUCGCGGCCGAGAUGGCCGCGGCUCUGGCUUCGGCAUCCAUAGUCUUCAAGGACCACAAGGCCUACUCUCAGAAACUCGUCCGCGGUGCUUCCACACUCUUCGAGUUCUCAAGACAGCAGAGGGGGCGGUACAGCGCCGGCGCCGCCGCCGACGCAGCAAUCUCCUACAAUUCGACUGGCUACUGGGAUGAGUUCGUGUGGGGUGGCGCGUGGAUGUACCUCGCGACUGGCAACUCCUCGUUUCUUCAGCUGGCCACUCACCCGACCCUCGCAAAGCACGCCGGCGCAUUCCGGGGAAGCCCGGACUCCGGCGUCCUCAGUUGGGACAACAAGUUGACUGGUGCUCAAGUGCUUCUUAGUAGAUUGAGGCUGUUCUUGAGCCCGGGGUACCCUUACGAAGAAAUAUUGAGGACUUUCCAUAACCAGACUGGAAUCAUCAUGUGUUCUUAUCUUCCAGUUUUUGACACUUUCAACAGAACAAAAGUUAAACCAUGGCAGACCUCAGCCACUUCAGUACGUUGUCAAUGCGGCCUUUCUCGCGGCUCUCUACAGCGAUUACCUCGAAGCUUCUGAUUCUCCGGGAUGGUAUUGCGGCCCAAACUUCUUCCCCACCGGAGUUCUCCGUGACUUCGCGCGAACCCAGAUUGACUAUAUCCUCGGAAAGAACCCCCGAAAGAUGAGCUACGUCGUCGGGUUCGGAGGGCGAUACCCCAAGCGCGUUCAUCAUCGCGGCGCCUCAAUCCCGAAGAACGGGGUGAAGUACAGCUGCAAAGGAGGCUGGAAAU